AUGAACCUAAAAUCUCUGCCCUGUGCAUCCAGUGCUCGGGGAUCCACAGGACCCCCCAAAAUCCCCCCGAACCCCCCCAGGGCCCAGCGCGAGAGUUGGAUCCGAGCCAAGUACGUGGAGAAGAAAUUCCUGCAGGGCGUGCCCGGCCACGCCCCCCGGCCCCGCCCACCGCGCCUCGGCCCCGCCCCCGGCACAGGCCCCGCCCCCGCUCCGCCCCCAGACCCGGCUGAGCCCGAGGGCGCCCCCUGCCUGCACCCCGGGGCUCUGCUCUUCUGGGCCACCAAGCGCCGCCGUUUGGCCACCAUGGCCGACGCGCUGGCCCACGGCGCCGACCCCGGCUGGGUCAACACGGCCGAGGGCAACCGGACCCCCCUGCUGGAGGCCGUGGCCGUGAAUUCCCUGCUGGCCUGCGAGUUCCUGCUGCAGAACGGAGCCAGCGUCAACCAGAGCGACAGCCACGGGCGGGGGCCGCUGCACCACGCCACCAUGCUGGGACACACCGGCCUGGCCUGCCUGUUCCUGAAGCGGGGGGCCGACGUCAACGCGGUGGACGCGGACGGGAGGGACCCCCUGACCAUCGCCAUGGACUCGGCCAACGCCGACAUCGUCACCCUGUGA